AUGGUCUUUGUACAGCUAUUGAAAGACUAUAAAGAACAUCUUUUUAUGACUGACGAAUCUAUUCAGAAAAGAGACUCGACUGGGCAAACAGCGGUUGUUGUUGGGAGUGAUGACGACUUGAGUAACUAUAAAUUUGUGUCAUGUUUGAUUGCAGAUUCUUUCAUAGUCUCGUUUACAGUUAGUUGGCUAGUGGUUUUUCCGAAAGAGGAGGAGGGAGGGGAAGCUGAGAAAGCAUUUGAGUCAUUAAAAAGAUGUUUGGUUCUCGUUUUGGUUUUAACUUUCGUUUUGCUUUUGGUGUCAGUUGUGGCUGAGUUUUUGAUAAGUAAUGAAGUUGAUGUCGAUGUUGACGGUGAUGUUAAUGUUGAUGUUGAUGUCGGUGUCGACGUUGCUGUUGUUGUUGUUGUGGCUGUUGUCGUGUAG